AUGGUCACCCGCUCUGCCGUCCCGCUCCUGGUGGCGGGCAUGCUCCUCACCGGCAUCAGCAACUCGCUCCUCAACAAGUGGCAAGACAUGCAGUGCGUCGGAAACUGCGACGCCACCGACCCAAAGCAGCGCAUCGAGUUCUCCCAGCCCGUCUGGCAGACGCUCCAGAUGUUCCUCGGAGAAUGCCUCUGCCUCCUCCCCGUCCUCGCACGCCUCGCAUACUCCCGCUACCACGCAUCCAGGGACGCCGCGCUCAAAAAGCCCCUCCUCCUCCACUACCCGCCCGACUCGGGCAUCGUCGUCCAGGGCGACAACGACUCGCCCACCUCGCGCCUCAAUGCCGACUCGUCGGCCGCCUCCUACGAUGCCACCCGCUCCUACGUCCACUCGGGCGCCACCCACGCUCCGGCCGAGCCUGCAACCGUGGCCGUGCCCCCGCCCGAGAUCGCCGCCAGAGCGCUCCAGCCGGGCGAGGCCGACGAGUCGGCCAUCCACGACGACCUCGUCCCCGCCGACCACGCCGGGGAGGACCUCUCCGGCCGCGCCAUCUUCCUCUUCUUCAUGCCCGCCUUCUGCGACAUCUGCGGCACCACCCUGAUGAACGUCGGCCUCCUCUUCACGCCCGUCAGCAUCUACCAGAUGACGCGCGGCGCCCUCGUCCUCUGGGUCGGCGUCUUCAGUGUCAUCUUCCUCCGCAGGCACCUCUUCCUUUUCCAGUGGCUCAGCCUGGUCACCGUCAUGCUCGGCGUCUGCGUCGUCGGCAUGAGCGGCACCCUCUUUUCGUCGUCGGAGCCCAAGGUCGAGUCCGAGGACGAGCUGCCCGAGGCGGCCCAGACGCUCCUCGGCGUCCUCCUCAUCCUCUUCGCCCAGCUCUUCACCGCGUCGCAAUUUGUGCUCGAGGAAAGGAUCAUGUCGCGCUACGCCGUCGAGCCCCUGCUCGCCGUCGGGUAUGAGGGCAUCUUUGGCACCCUGACGACGCUGGUGGCCAUGCCGUUCCUGCACUACUUUAUCGGGCGCACCCCCGAGGGCCGCGGAGGCUACUUUGACAUGGCGGCUGGCUGGCACCAGAUCAUUCACGUUCCCGCCGUCUUCUACAGCUCGAUCGCCAUCGCCUUUUCCAUUGCCUUUUUCAACUUUUUCGGCCUGAGCGUCACCCGCACCGUCAGCGCCACGGCGAGGAGCACCAUCGACACCUGCAGGACACUCGGCAUCUGGAUCGUCUCGCUCGUCCUGGGCUGGGAGGUCUUCCGACCGCUAAGCGGCGGCCUCCAGGUCGUUGGAUUUGGCCUGCUUGUCUACGGCACCUUCCUGUUCAACGGCAUCGUCAGCCCGCCCGCCGCCUGCGUCACCCACCCGCGCGGUUACGAGCCGGCUCCCGUCGACGACGCCGACGAGGUCGACGGUGCGCCUUCCCGACGCUGA